AUGUAUAUCAAAGGAAUCUCAAUUAAAUACAUAAAACUUCCAACUGACAUCAUCGAUUAGCAUACAGUAAAUGUAGAGAUGAGGAGAUAGAUGAGAAAAAGUAAAUAUUUCAAAGAUAAUUAUAAUGAUGAUGUUGAAAGAUAAAUGUCUAAAAGAAAGGAUAAAACUAUAAUUGAAGAGAAAGUAUUUUAAGAUGCAUUAACAAAUGAGAGACCUCUUAUUGGUCGAGGAAGAGGAUUCGGAAGAGGCAGUGGCAUAACUUAUGAUAUAUAAUAAGAAGAAUAAUUGCGAUAAGAAGGAAGAGGGCGUGCUUAUGGACGUGGCUAAAGAACGGCAACCUUUGAUUAUGAAGAAACUGAAGUUAAAAGUGAAGAUGAAAGAAAGCCUAAAGCAUUUGGACGAGGAGGUAGAGGUAGGGGAAUUGAGUUAUAGAGUGACUCAUAAUAAAUAUAAGAGAAUCCUGUUGGAGGCAGAGGAAGAGCAUAUGGAAGAGGACAAUAAAAUUAAAAUGAUAAGAGUGGAUUAGAUGUAAUAGAUGAUUUGAUCUUUAUAAGAUCUAAGCUCAAUAAAAUUUCUCAAAAAGUAGCAAAUAGUAAGAAAGGUACAAUGUCGCGCCUAGGAAGAUUUAUCAAUUCAAACUAAAAUAAGAGCUAAGUAAAGGAUUAAGAAUCUGUUAGUAGCAAAUUACUAGGCUAAGACAUUGAGAUAUUUGAGGAUGUAGAUCAUUCUGUUGAUAAAGAAAACUAAUUGCAUAAUUUAGAAUAAAGCAAAGAUUCAAUUGCUAGAUUAAACUCAGAAAUUCAAGAAAUAAACAGCAAUGGUGCUAUGUAAUGA